UGAUUAUGAAUAUGAUUUAAUAGUGCAAGAGAGGUCACCCCACUUUCUGGAAGCAAGUAACAUCUUUAAAGCAGGAAUGGCCUUCGCUGCUGUUGCAACCUAUCAAGAUGAAGCAGAGAGCAGGACCCCGGCUGCUCCCGCAUCUCCUCCUCAGUCUGCAUGGUCCGGAGAGGCCAUGAGCUACACUAGGGCCGAAGUCUCAAAGCACAAGAGGUCCAAUGAUUGCUGGAUUAUCAUUGAAGGGCGUGUGUAUGAUGUGAGUGGGUGGCUGGAUAAGCAUCCUGGAGGGAAGAGGAUCAUAAGACACUAUGCAGGGGAAGAUGCAUCGCUUGCAUUCGAGUCGUUCCACAAUAAUAAGAAGCUAGUAAGGUCUUACCUGUCAAAGUAUUACAUAGGGGACAUUGUUGAGGAGGAAAGGGAACUCCCUGAGAUCAAUAAAGACUUUCUUAAACUGAGACAAGAACUUAUUGAGAAAGGUUUCUUUAAUGUGAAGCCUAUGUACUUCAUUCUUCUCUUCCUCCAUAUUGUGGUCCUUGAGAUAUUGGCAUUUGUUAUUCUAUGGAAGUUUGGAAAUGGCUGGCCUGCAUAUGCCAUGUCUGUACUUUGCCUUGUGAUAUCACAGGCUCAAGCAGGCUGGCUGCAGCAUGACUUUGGUCACAGAAGUGUAUUCAACAGUACUACAUUGAAUAAGGUUGCUCACGAUAUCUCUAUUGGCUGGUCUAAAGGCGUCUCGAGUAACUGGUGGAACUUUCGUCACUAUCAGCACCAUGCCAAGCCAAACGUGUUUUUCAAAGACCCCGACGUUACCAUAUCUUAUGCUUUUCUUCUCGGAAAGAACAUCCCAAGGAUUUGGGGCGAGAGGAAAUGGGGGAUAAUCCCAUACCACUGGCAGCAUAAAUAUUUCUUUUUCACUCUCCCUCCAUUGCUCCUUCCAAUAUACUUUCAUGUUGAUGUUGUCAUUUAUCUUGUGCUGAAAAGGAAGUGGCAGGAUUUCCUUUGGAUGAUAACAUUUGCUCUUCGAUGGCACUUAAUGUUUGCUCCUUUGCUUGGAGGGUUCUGGCCUUCGUUCAAAUUUUACUUCCUCAUCAGAUUUCUGGAGAGUCACUGGUUCACUUGGGCUACACAGAUCAGUCAUAUUCCGAUGGACGUCGACACUGACAAACGUAGAGACUGGUGCAACUUACAGCUCUCUGGGACCUGUAAUGCAAGAUCAAACUGGUUUGCCGACUGGUUCCUUGGACAUUUGAAUUUUCAAAUAGAGCACCAUCUAUUCCCUACAAUGCCCAGACAUAGUUUUAAAUCAGUGCAACCUUAUGUUAUGGAGUUCUGUAAGAAACACGGUCUGGAUUACCAACUCAAGCCUAUCUGGACGGCUUUUGCUGAUAUUGUUCGGUCGCUGAAAGUGUCUGGGGAGAUAUGGUACAAUGCAUGGGAAACUUCAGAACUGAGAAAAAAAGAUUAAAAUAAUCUCAUUUUUGAUGAUAAUAAUAAUCCAUUAUUAUUAUUAUUAUUGACUGAGUGUACAUCACUUUUUAGCUUAUUUAAAUUAUUUUUCAGUUGUUUUUUGUUUUUGUUGACAGCUGCAGUUUUUUAAAUAUUUUUAUGAGUUUUUAAAGGUGAUGAAUGAAAAACGUGUGAUAAAGUGGUCAAGUCAUGUGAUAAUAAUGAAAUAAAAGCAGCAUUCACGUAAUAGGGACCAUUUUUGUCAUCGGAAUG